CAAAACGAGUUUCAUAAAAAAUUAGCUACUUUUUUGUUUUAAAUUAUAACAAAAUUGAUAUAGUUUACUAUUUCCGAAGGGAUCGUAAUGGCUGAACUGAAUAUCUUGGAUCUGGAUGACUUGUGUUUGCACUCCACUAUGGAGUAUUUGGGAGUGAAUGAUCUCUUCCAUCUAUCACAUACUUGCACGCGAUUCCCUGAUUUGGCCAAAGAAUGUGCAAGGAAUUUAUGCAAGAAUAUAAAUUGUUGUGUUCUGAUGGGAAUCUCUCGGAUGUACUACAGGCGACAAAUUAUAUUGGGCUCGAAAUACUGUAAACAAUUGACGAUUUAUUUAAGUGAAUUCCCGAUCGGAGACACGAGCAUGCUGUUCGAUUAUGUUGGAAAAAUGGAUUCGUUAAAGAACUUGAUGGUUAUGGGUUGCAGCCAUUGUGUUUUAAUGCAAAACUACUUCUUCUCAGCUCUAAAGCACUUAGAAAGCCUAAGGCGACUCUAUGUCUAUGACUCAUGCGCGCGUUGGCUAGACAACUUAUGCCGUUUACGGAAUCUUGAGGAAGUUCAGCUGGGUUUCGAUGUGGAAGUCAGCGAUUUGGUUAAGCUAUGCCAGUCGAAUACGAAUUUGCGGAAUUUGUCUAUAUUCAGAUCAUGUAAGGGAAAUUUGGCGGAUCUUGCACCACACUGCCAGAAUCUGAAGGAACUAUUUUUCUAUACAAAUGGCGGCUUGUAUUGCACUCAGCCGGCACAUUUCCCGAAACUAAAGGACUUAUCCAUGGAAAUUUUUCGUGUUGGCAACACCGAAGUAGGAGAACUUGCCAGUUCAUUUAGCUCGGAUGAUUCCUUGGCCUCAGUCAUACAUUUCGAUCAACUUCGUGCUACGAAUUUUGAAGAAAUAGCUAAAAUACCGUCACUGAAGGGCAUUAAUGUUCAUUGUAAUCGUGACACUUUGAAUUGCCUGGCCACAGUUCCAUUACUUGAGAUAAUAACCAUAAGGAACUAUGAGGCUGCUUUUCUUCCUUCACUAUUGAAUAUAUGCAGAGCUUGUUUACAACUUAAACAACUGUUCCUGUUCGGACCAUUCCAAGUUUCGUAUGGCUUUUGUGCCAAUAUCCUUGAAGUACUCAAAUCGGUUAGAAAUCCCACAGAGCAAAAGCCUUUAGAGGUACAACUAUUCUGCCGCAUGUCCAUGGCCGUGGAAGAUUUGCAGGAAUUUACGAAUGAAUAUAUGGAGUUAACUCAUUUUUAAGCGCCCAGAGCUAAGAAAAACACUGUUUUACAUUUAGCUUUCGCCAGAAUGAAAUGCGAAAGGAGAAUUGAAUGCUAGUUAUGAAGAGAAAUACUUUGGAAGUUAAGUCGAAGCUUCUGAAUAAAUGUAAUGUCCUCGAUUAAAUACUCUAAAAACUAUCUUAAUGUAAUUGACAUUAAACAUUGUUUUUCCAAACCGUGA